GUCCAUAUAGAGAGUGAGGGAGAUAAGUUCAGAGCAUCAAUUAAAUAUAUAUAAGAGAGACAAAAAAUAAUUGUAUUUAGCCUUGUCGGAGUCAACAGAGAUCUUCAUAUCGAGACGAACCGGCGACGCAUUUGGUGUCCAUCUAUAUUGACACUGAUAUAGAUUUUUAGUAUUUUAUUUAAUAAUAAUUAUGUUAUCCAAGUGGUUUAUUUUGUGCUUCCUGGCUCUUGGAGCUCUGGCUGCUGAAGAAGACGUUCUUGAUCUCACAGACAGUGAUUUUACCGCUGAAUUAGAUCGUCAUGACAACACACUUGUUAUGUUUUACGCACCAUGGUGUGGACAUUGUAAACGACUUAAGCCCGAGUAUGCUGAAGCCGCUGGUAUGCUAAAAGGCAGUGACCCUGCCAUCACCUUGGCUAAAGUUGACUGUACUGAAGCUGGUAAGGAAACCUGCAGCAAAUAUGGAGUCAGUGGAUACCCAACAUUGAAAAUAUUCUCCAAGAGCGAAAUGGUCAGCGAGUACAAUGGACCACGUGAAGCUAAAGGAAUUGUUAAGCAUAUGAAGAGUCAAGUUGGACCGGCUUCCAAGGAACUCAAAACUGAAGACUGCCAUAAAGGAUUCUUGAAUACUGAUGAAGUCAGUUUCAUUGGAUACUUUGAUGACGAAAAGUCUGAGCUUGCAAAGUCCUUCCAAGCUGUUGCUAAAAAAUUGCGUGAGAAAGCACGUUUUGCUCACACGUUCGCAAAAUCACUGUUGGAAAAAGAAGGACUUAAGAACCACAUCAAGUUGUACCGUCCCAAGGUCUUGCAAAAUAAAUUUGAGGAGAGCACAGUUGAACACAAAGGUGGAAGCUCAAUUGCUGAUGUCAGCGACUUCGUUACUAAGAAUUACUUUGGUUUGGUCGGUGUUCGUACUCGCGACAAUGCCGCGUCAUUUGAAAAUCCACUGGUAGUUGCUUACUACGCUGUUGACUACGUCAAGAAUCCAAAGGGUACCAACUACUGGCGUAACAGAAUCAUGAAGGUUGCCAAGGACUUCCCUGAGUUUAACUUCGCUAUCUCUAACAAAGAUGACUUCCAACACGAGCUCAACGACUUUGGAGUUGACUUUGCCAAGGGCGACAAGCCAGUUGUCUUCGCACGUGAUGACAAGGGUCUCAAAUACGUUCUCAAGGACGAAUUCAGCGUCGAUAACUUCCAGAAAUUCGUUAAAGACUUCGAAGAGAAGAACUUGGAGCCAUUCAUCAAGUCUGAGCCCGUCCCAGAAGACAACUCCGGCAACGUCAAGGUCGUCGUUGCUAAAAACUUCGAGGAAGUCGUCACCAAACCAGACGCCGAUGUUCUUAUAGAGUUCUACGCACCUUGGUGUGGACAUUGUCAAAAGCUGACGCCCAUCUACGAAGAAUUGGGUGAAAAAUUGGCCAAAGAAAACGUCGUGAUUGCCAAAAUGGACGCUACUGCCAACGACGUACCACCAGAGUUUGAAGUACGCGGCUUCCCAACCCUCUACUGGGUGCCCAAGAAGUCUAAAAACUCACCAGUCAAGUACGAGGGCGGACGAGAGCUCAACGACUUCAUUAAAUACAUCGCCGAGCACUCGACUGACAAACUCAAGGGUUACGACCGUAAAGGAAACCCCGUCAAGUCUCCAAGUGACGAGUUGUAAAAUCCCUGAUUAUCUUAACAUUUUUUAUAUCAAUGAUAAUUUAAAGACUCAUUUCAUUUCCUCUGCAUUGAUUUGUCUCAUGAUUCAUGUCAUAGUUGCCAGUCAUAUGUGGCCCACCGUCUUCACUAUUUUUCUAUGCCGAGGAAAUGUUUAUUCAUAUAUACAUAACUAUAUAUAUUUAUAUAUGUAUAUAUAAAUAAAUGUAUUUUUAAAAAUGCACAAAUAAGAUCGUAAAUAAAAAAUGUGCUAAAAAUUUAGGUUGUCCUUCAGUAAGGAUUCAUUCCAUCGUUUUAUAAAAUGGAUCUAAUUAAGCUAGAGUGUAAGGAUAUUAAUUAUAAUAACUGUAAUUAACAAUUUUGUUUAUACCAACUUCAAUAAAAUAAUUGAUAUCAUUUUUUCAAUAA